AUGCCCCCUGCUCAGGUCAGGAACGGUGUGAACAAAUUGCGUGCAAAACAUGAAGCGCAAAAAAGUCUGGUUGCCCGAUAUGGAUCGGAGAUGAUUCAAAAGAGUUUGCAGUCGGACGAAGGAAACCCGCAGUUCGAAGAUCUGUAUUGCUACCAAGGAGCGCAGUAUGAUCAGCUCUACGACGCAUCCUAUGAGCACGAAGAAUCUAGAAAACAGUUUACCCAUUUAAUGAACGACUUGGUCAGUAUCUCCAUGGCCAUCUGUGUCACCGUCGUUGAAAGCAUCGUGAUCACCUGGUGUGGCUCCCUUGCGUUAUCCGUGGUCAUUUUUGUUGCAAUUUCCCUGUCUGUCCUCAAGAUCUAUGCAAAAAGACAACAGGGGGUCCGGAGCAUUGAGUUUCAGGAUGCAAAGCAGCCUUGUCGAGGUUGCCAUCAGUCGCGUUUGAUUCCAAGACAGCCCCGAGCGACGACAGAUCCAGUCAUCCAUUACGGAACCAUCGGCUCUGCAGAUCAGGUUAUGAGGCACGGCAUCACGCGUGAUGCCAUGAGGGAAAAAUAA